UUGGACAAAGAACUAAAGAAGAAGAAGAUGAAUGGAUUGCGAUUUAGCGAUUCCUCUUGUAGCCUGAAGCGGAAAAGACCGCCCAAGAUUGAGAUCCCUACGGUGUUGCAGGAGAUUCAAGCCCACAAACUUGAAGACGCCACUCCCCGAACUGAUUCCGUAUCUUUCAGUAGGAAUGAUUUUGCAGAUCAUGUAGGGGUUUUCUCCGUCAAGGGCAAGAAGAGGUUCAUGGAAGAUACUCACAAGAUCAUUCCUCGUAUGAAAGGACACUUGAAUAAUGCCUUUUUUGGCGUUUAUGAUGGCCAUGGAGGCAGGAAGGCUGCGAAAUUUGUUGCAGAGAAUUUGCACAAUAACAUACUUGAAGUGGUGGGCAAUUGCGCGGGAUCUGCAGAGAAGGAGGAUGCAAUUAAAGCCGCUUUCUUGAAAACGGACCGUGACUUCUUGAAUCUUGGUUUAGGCAGUGGUGUCUGCUGUGUCACAGCUCUGAUACAAGGAGAAGAAGUUAUUAUUUCCAAUUUGGGAGAUUGUCGGGCUGUUCUUUCUAGAGGUGGAGUAGCUGAAGCAGUAACUAAAGACCAUAGAGUUGAACAGGAGGAUGAACGGAAAAGAAUAGAAAACAAGGGUGGAUAUGUUGAGAUUCAUAGGGGGGCAUGGAGAGUUCAUGGAGUCCUGUCUGUUUCUAGAAGCAUUGGAGAUGCUCAUUUGAAGGAUUGGAUGCUGGCGGAGCCUGAUUCAAAGGUCCUACUUCUUAGUGAAGACAUGGAAUUUCUUGUUCUAGCCACUGAUGGGCUAUGGGAAAAGGUGGGAAAUCAAGAGAUUAUUGAUGUUGUGACACGAUCACAGUUGAUGGAUAGAAGUUUUGGGCUAUCACAAGGUUCCUUGAGAAGCAUCAGCCACACCAAUUGCUCUGCGAAUCUAAGUCCAUCAAAGGUACGGAGAGUUUCAUUAGUCACGCAACCGAAAAUGGGUGUGGGCCAAUCUCCAAUCCGUGAGAAGCCAAUGGAAGGCUGUGGAGAAGGUGAAUAUAACUACGCUUGGGAAAUUGAAAGUCCUGGAUCGAAAUCAAGGAGAAUAUCAUUGGUCAGACAUAAAAAGAUAAAGUUAGAUUUUUCACCCAAGGAGAAUAAUGAUUGUUAUAGGAAGAUACCCACUUCCAGCAGACUUGUGGCUGCUUGUAAGGAACUUGUAGAUUUAGCUCUGAGUAGGGGUAGUCUGGAUGACAUUACCGUAAUGAUAAUCGACUUGAAAUAUUUCAGGUGCAAGACCAUGCACGAUUCAAUUGGAAUUCCUGCUUGCUUCUCAUUUGGGGAGAGACCAAGUAAUGAUCCAGGUUCAGUAAUCAGAUCAGGUCAAAGUGUGUUUAUGUCAGUGUAUCAAACAAAGAUCGUUGGUCAGUGUCGUCUAAUUACAAUAACUUGGUGUAAGAAUCUGUUACUUCAUGGUCUUUCCAUCUGUGUUCAAGGACCAGAAGGAAACGAGCAAUAUCAGUGUAAGGUUGAGAUGAAGCCAUGGUACUUCUGGAGAAAACAAGGUUCUAAGCAUUUUGAAGUCGAUGGUCGAGCUGUGGAUGUGGUUUGGGACCUCAAGAGUGCAAAAUUCAAUGGAGAGACAGAACCACAGUCAGAUUACUAUGUGGCAGUUGUCUGUGAAGAGGAAGUUGUUUUGCUUAUUGGGGAUCUCAAGAAAGAUGCCUUCAGAAAGACAGGUUGUCGACCAGCUUUGAUAGAGCCAACUCUUGUUUCAAAGAAGGAACAUGUAUUUGGGAAGAAAAUGUUCUCCACCAGAAUUCAAUUUCAUGAGAAAGGCAAACUCCACACCAUCUCAAUUGAGUUCAUCAACGUCAAUACAAAUCCCAGUUUCUCUGAUUCAUUCGAUCCAGAACUGGAGAUAAGAAUCGAUGGUCAACCAGUAAUCAAGAUCAAGCACCUUCACUGGAAGUUCAGAGGCAAUGAAUCUGUAUUAAUCAGCAGAACAAGGUUAGAAGUUUACUGGGAUGUCCAUGAUUGGCUGUUUGGUUCUGGUCCCAGGUACGGGCUUUUCAUAUUCAGGCCAAUCUCAUCAUGGUCUGAAUCUCCAUCAUCAUCACUUCCAUCAACAUCACCUACUCCUACACCCUCUUCUUUAACAUCAACUACAGGAAUGUCCAUUAGAGAAGUGAUUUCUACUUCUGGGGAGGUUGAACAUGCUGCUGGAUCAUCCAAUUUUUGUUUAUUUCUGUAUGCUUGGAAGAUUGAAUGAAGAAUGCUGAAUGCAAAUCAAAAGAUAUGGUAAAAACAAAAGUGGGUUCUCUGCAGGUUUUGUUUUUACAAAUUUAGAAUUGAUAAACCAGAUUUAGUUCCCAAUUCCAAUUCCCAAGAAAAAAUCAAAGAAUACAAAAGAGAAAGAAAGAGAGAGAAAGAAAGAGGGAAAAAAAAAAAUAUUUUAGAAGAUUUAUGAGCAACAAAUGGACCCAUCAUGAGAGAGAAAGAGAAGAGGUAAGCAUAGAGUGAUUGAAUUAUAAAAGGACAGGAUUAGACAUGCCAGAUAAGAGAUCAUCUUCAUGCCCAAUUAUCAUCCCUAUCUUCAUUGCCCAUCUCACCAAUCCAUUAUAAUCUUUCACUCACCGGUUUGUUUUCUCUCUCUCUCUUAUUUUUUUAAUUUUUAUUUUGUGUUUUGUUAUAAGCCUAUAACUAUAAGCUUGCAUUGAAAUGUUUACGCUACCAUAUGAAUAUAUCCUUCAUAAAUUUCAUAAGAUCUAUAUCUACAUCCUGUACAUCUUUUUACUGGUGCACUUUUACCUUUUUUCUA